AUGUCAUCUAAACAAGUUUCCAUAAUAGUCGCUGCUCUCUUACCAUCGUUUGGUAUUGGAUACAAAAAUCAAUUACCAUGGAAACUUAGAAAUGAAAUGAAAUAUUUCAAAAAUGUAACAACAAAUAAAUCAUCAUCAUCAUCAACAAAUUCUAAAAAUGCAGUUAUAAUGGGUAGAAAAACUUGGGAUUCAAUUCCAUCUAAAUUCAGACCAUUACCAGAUCGUUAUAAUGUCAUAUUGACAAAGCAAGAUCCUACAAGUUUUGAACCUAUAGAAAAUGUUAAAUAUUCAAAUAAUAUUGAUGAUACAAUUAAAAAUUUAUUAAAUGAUGAUUCAAUAAAUCAAAUUUUCAUUAUUGGAGGAUCUGAAAUUUAUAAUAAUUCAAUAACAAAUAAUCUUGUUGAUAAUUUAUUAAUAACAGAGAUUAAUCAUUUAAAAUCAAAUGAAAUUGAAAUGGAUACUUUCUUAAAUAAAGAUUAUAUAUUAAAUAAUUUUACCAAGACUAAUAAAAUUGAAUUACAAAAAUUUAUUGGUGAAAAUAUUGAAAUUCCAAGUGAUAAAAUCAUUGAAGGUGAUUUUGAAUAUGAAUUUACUUUAUAUAAAAGAAAAUAG